CUUUUCCUCCUCAUUUUCUUCAUUUCUGUGCCGUCCUCAUACCUAUUAGCACAGAAUAGCAUGUGAAGUGGCAUGCUCUCCUAUCUUUUACCAUCCACACGAGAUUGCGAUCGAGGAUUAGAUGUCAAGCAUUUCAACUUGUUCCCUAUAUUUGUCUUGAUUUGUGGUCGUUCUUCCUUGAGCUCUUAUGAAACCGCAUUACCUGAUUCCGGAGACGAUGUGGUAGUGCAGAAGCUUCGGUUGGUUAUUCGACAAGCUCUGCAGACACAUAAUUACUCAAAGCUACGCAACUAGGCAGAACGUACCGCAGAGAACUUUCCAGGACUGCGUUAUUAGACGCCGACUGUUCUUACGUAUCUCUAUAUGAUAACGCCGACAAUGAACAGUAAUCCUCAAAACUCCUUCAUCCAUAUUUCUCGGGGGUAUCACGAACAUCCAGCAGCAGCAUCGACGGGUGAGUAUAUGCAAGCGGUCGGAAAUCCGAAAAUAUCAAACUUGGAGCGCCAUACUCCCAGGGCGACUCUGGCCCAGCUAGAUUCGGAGAAGAGCAAUAAUUCUGGAGAACCUUCAGGCUUUGAAGAUUGGUUUACUUGUUCAAAUAAGCUCCCUCGAGCGAGGCUGGAUCGAACUUCGGUGAAUUACGUACCUCUACAUUUUCUUCGCCUACAAAGCAGCUUGGGGACUUAUAAAUCAACCAAAAAUCUGCAAUCAGGUCGCCCUAAGGACCAUAUUGUAUCUGAUGGCAUAAAUCCAGCUACUACUUACGAUAUCUCAGAUGUGUCCAGAAGUGUGAUCGACGAUCUGACUAUAGAAAAUCAGAAAUUGAAGGAGAGGCUCCGAAAAUAUGAGGCUUCUUAUAGCCCCUACCUAGAGGAGGAUAUGCUAUUCGAGGUCAAGAUUCAUGGGUUGCCAUGCGGAAAAAAGCGGGAGUUAGAAGAAACGCUACGGGUCUUUACUGCAAGUAUAGAUUGCUCAUCUAAACCUCCGGAGGGGAAGGUUCCAUCCCCGUCGCAGGACGUACAGCAACACGUCUUUGGAGAUACUUCUCAACCCGCAACUUCCUCUACAUCGAAUUUACGACCUAUUGAUUCGGCGUAUGUAUUCAUGUCAAAUUCUGGCCCAACGCCUACGUCGGCAGUCAAUCAUAUGAAACCUGAUCAGAGGGUUGUCUCUCAACCUAUGGAUUUGAAGGAGCAGAAAGUGCAACCAUCUUCCCGCAAAAUUCUGGAUGGCCUGUUCCCAAAGUGUCCCACAGUCAUGUCAGAGUUACAAAAGAAAGAGGCAGUGGUUCGACGUCUUGAACAGCUUUUCAUCGGCAAUAAGGUUGGCUCAGCCGAUGAGCACAAUCGAUCGAUACAGCAACAAGAAUUAUCUAAAUCUGCGGCAUAUGCGGAUCAAACCUCAAAGGGCGGGCUCACUUUCGAGGGCCGUCGUGAAGCACACAUCUUACCUUAUGAGAUAAAAGAAGAUGUUCCACGAUGUAGGAGAGAAGCAGAAUAUUCGAGCAACGAGACACAGUUACCCGGAAUGCCAUUCGAUCUUGCUGUGGAUAAGAAUCCUGAUGGUUCUUUUCCAGAGCAGAGGCCGACCAGACUUUUGGAUCUUGAUCCGGAUCGUCCUCAGAUUCCUUCUGAUAACUUGCGAUAUAUCCGCCAUUUGGGUCUCUCAAAUACCCGAGAAGAUGCUCCUGGCGGCACCACUAAUUCCAGUGGAUGGAUUUAUCUCAACCUUCUUAUCAAUAUGGCUCAGUUGCACUUUAUCAACGUCACGCCUAAUUAUGUCAGAUCAGCAAUCACUGAUAUCAGUGACAAGUUUGAGUUAUCCCCAGAUGGCAAGAAAAUCCGAUGGAAGGGAGGACACGAGGGAACCCGACUCAGCACUGGUAGUCAUUCCAGCAGUGUGCGAAAUCACUCCCCACAGGAUGACAGUGACAGCACGGAUGAGUUAUAUAGGAAGAGGCGCAGAAUAGAUGUUGGAAGAUGUACAUCUGCCCACAUUGACAUUCCUAAUCUAACAUCUCUGUUGGAAGUCACGAACGUUUUCCAUCAUUACAAACCAUUGUUCCACCAUCCAGGCUCUUCAUCUGGAGAUUGGACUUUGUUUGAUGAGAGCGAACCCCCCUUUGAGCGUGGUAUCGGAGACGAUGGAGGAUCACGUUCAGAGCCUCGUAGAGUAGGGCAGGGUAAUGAUGGCCCUAUUAUUUUCUAUAGAGGAGCCCGGUUCUACACCGAUUUGUCUGGUGAUCGAGGAAGCAUUGAUGCUCCACCUCGCGUCCAUGGCGUUGGCAGGGAUGGGUAUAGUGAUCAUGCCCAGGACGCUGUGGGAUAUGAUGCAAAAGAUCAGACACUCCCUCUGUCGCGGACUUCGUCGGGCUCUUCGUUCCCUUUCAGACCGUCCAGAGACUGUUCACGCGGGACCGGUUUCCCAGAUGCUGGAGGAUCAGGUGCCAAAACACCAGACCUACUCAGUGAAGAUCCCAUGACCAUGGAAUUCUCAUUGAAGUGGUCUGAAGACAAAAUUAGCCCUGACAUGCCACUUCAGGCUUUCAAUGCUAGUGGCCUUGGUGGAAUUCAACCUGCCGAUCAUUUUGUUAUGAAGGUUGAAACUCGUCGACCGAUAUUAGACGAAUACAACCAAACCAAACUCUCAGGGUUUCCUGCAUCAGGCCCGGCAUCCGGAAAGCCUUUCCAUGUCAUGUCAAAUGUGUUUCCGGAUUCAAUCAGAGAGUCGGAAGGCAACAAGUCAUUGGAAAGUAUCCCGCCUAGCCUGGCAUUUCCUAAUGCAUUUCAGUCAUCAUCUCAUGUCACGAAUAAAUUUCCAGUCAACGUCGAAAUCAUUUCUACUGAGUUUACUCAACUAGAACCUUCAGCGUUGCCAGAACCCUCGGGGUAUUACCCCGCUAGUUCUGAUGAUGAUUUGGAUGUUACUGGCUCAUCUUGUUCUGAAUUCUGACCCCUGCAGCGAAGCAGGUCUUUCAGGCAAAGAUCAUCAUCAAUCAUUUCGGAUCGAAUCCAUCAUUUACGUCGAGACCAGGAAUUUACAAGCAGAAGAAUAUGAUCCCGGCGAUAGGGAAGGCGAGGAAGACGAAGGAGAAAAUGAGGGCAGCGAGGAUAUAGCACACACCGCUCUGGCAUGUUGCUCAUCCCAGCGAGAUGACAGCGCUCGGACACUUCGAUGGAACAUUAGGGAGAUGGAGCGUCGAGGGUACUGGCAGGCCGGGUGAAAAGCUGGAGAAAACUCUGGAGUCUGGUGAGAUGAAAUCAAACUCACUGAAAAACGCCAUACGUUAAUAUAUAUCCCUUCAAUUUUAACAGCAAAAAGGAAAAGGCCUCAUUGAAAUAAAAGAAGGCUUAAAUUCAAUGGCUCAAUAACUCAUAGUCCGUGAAAGAUUGGAAUGGGAUAGAAAAUCUGCUCCGGAC